UUAUGAACCAGGACACUAUUAGUUUGAUACAAAACAUGGGAAAAAAAGGGUAACACCCUCCAACCGACGCACAAUCCGCCUCCGCUCCCCUUCCCUCCCCUACCCUGCCAACAAAAAUAAGGUCAAUUUUCUCGGGCUGCAUUUCUCUUUGAAUUGACCAAGUAGUUUGUCACUUACAAUUUGUCCUUUUUCUUUCAUUUUUAUAUUUAUACACCCUUUUUUAAGGUCGUAACGCCCACCAAAAGCCAAGAGUAAUCCAAACCACAGGAAAGCCACACAGAGAGAGAUUGAGUGUAUUUAAUCACUCCCUGAUGUCUUUAAAUUGCGCAAGCUUGGUUUUCAGAGUGCCGUGUAUCCUGGGACAACCAAGAAGAGCCAACACCACGAAGUUAACGUCGACAAGCUAUGUAGGAAGUUGCUUAUCAACGCAUAGGAAAAAAUCCCACCAAAACAAUUCCUUCCACAUUUUUUCUCAAUUAAAUUUUAACCAAAACAACUCUUCUUCUUCAGUAAUGGAAGACAAGAGAAACCUUGUUCUUUCAUCUAUGGAACCAGAAAAAUAUUCCAAGGAAUUGGAUGUUGCUGUCAGGGUUGUUCAGAUGGCAUGUUCACUCUGUCAGAAAGUUCAGGACAGUUUGAUUUCUAAAACCAACAGUCCAGUUCACUCCAAAGAUGACAAUUCUCCUGUCACCGUGGCAGAUUGGAGUGUUCAAGCAAUGGUAAGCUGGAUACUUUCUGAAUCCUUUGGUUGUAGAAAUGUGUCUAUUCUUGCUGAAGAAGAUGUUCAAAGCCUCUCUACGGCUGAUGCAACUGGCCCGUUAGAUGCUGUGGUGAAAACUGUCAAUGACUGUCUAAUUGAGGCACCUCAUUUUGGGCUUAAGGGUCCCCAAGUGCCACUUGGGACUUCAGAUGUUCUAGAAGCCAUUAGUCGAUGCAAUUCAACGGGAGGUCCUACUGGAAGAUUUUGGGCACUGGACCCUGUUGAUGGUACGUUGGGGUUUGUACGUGGUGAUCAAUAUGCUGUUGCUUUAGCAUUAAUAGAGGAUGGAGAAGUUGUGCUUGGUGUUCUUGGUUGCCCAAAUUAUCCCAUGAAGAAGGAAUGGCUAAGUUAUCAUCACCGCUAUCAUAGAAUCAUAUCCAAACUGACCCCACCAUCAUCUGAAUCAUGGGAUAAAGGUUGUGUGAUUUAUGCAAGGAAAGGUAGUGGUGAGGCUUGGAUGCAACCUUUACACCAGAAGAAUAAGCUGCUAGCAUGGCCAAACUCUAAAAAACCAGUUCGAGUAUCCUCAAUUGAUAAUCCAGCAUUGGCUACGUUCUGUGAACCAUUUGAGAAGUCAAAUUCAAGCCAUUCCUUCACAGCAGGAUUAGCUCACAGUGUUGGGCUUAGGAAGCAACCGCUACGUGUGUACAGCAUGGUGAAGUAUGCAGCCAUAGCUCGAGGGGAUGCUGAAAUCUUUAUGAAGUUUGCGAGGACUGGGUACAAGGAAAAGAUAUGGGAUCAUGCAGCUGGUGUUAUUAUCAUACAGGAGGCGGGUGGUGUUGUAACAGAUGCAGGAGGAUCUCCUCUGGACUUUUCAAAGGGAAUAUUCUUGGAAGGUCUUGAUCGAGGUAUAAUUGCUUGUGCUGGAGCUAAACUACAUGAAAAAAUCAUCAGAGCUGUUGAUGCUAGCUGGAACUCCUCCAGUCUAUAAUCAUUUCACAUUGCACAUUGAUUACUACAAAGCAAAAUGCGUGGUAGAGUGAGGAUGCUAUGACAUAGUCUUUAUGGAUAUAUAUAUAUAUUUAUAUAUUUUGGUACUUUAUGGAUAUUUCUGUUUGUAAAGCUCAAGAUAUAAGGUUGCUUCAGCAUCAACCAAAAGUUUUAUUUAUUAUUUUUUUUUUUUCAGUUGUCCUAGGUACUCUGUAGAGAGUGGGCUGUUCCUCUCUCUUGUAUUAAUGCCAUUGUAAAUAUUUUUCAACAAGUUCAAUCUAGCAUUUUGCUAAUAAUUAAUGUUCAAAAAGUAUUUUAGACUCCCAUAG